AUGAAUUUGUUGGAUGAUGAAGAUGACCAAAGCUUUCACGCUACGCGUGACGGCUACUCCCAUUUGAGCGAUGUCGAAUGGGAUGCGGUUGAACGAGUGGGUUCAACCAUGGGCAUCCAUGCUGUUUGCGUCAUGCUAGAGGCUCUCAAACGCGAGAAAGUAGCCUUGCUUCACCAACAAGGUUCUCAACAAGCAGAGUUGUUGAGAGAACAGGGUGCUCAACAGUUUGAACUGUUGAGACAGCAGCAGGCUGCUGCUGGUGGGUCGAUGCAUUCGCGUCGACCCGAAACCUUGAAGAUUGACAUCUUCAAGUAUAGGGGAGUCGAAGAGGACUCCCUCUUGAGAUGGUUCGUCAAAUUGGGUGACGCCAUAAGGGCGCGUCGCAUCGACGAUGGGGAUAUGCAAGUUGCAUUUGCCCAGUCAAAUCUGGCAGGACGUGCCAAGACUUGGGCACUGGGGCUUAAGUUGCACGACCCAUAUGCGUUUGGGUCGUUGGAAGUCUUCAAGUCGCGGCUCAGACAAACGUUUGAACCGCCUAGAGCUGAGUUCAGAGCUCGAACCGAACUCUUGAAGCUCAAGCAGGGUAAGCGUGAUGUGCACGCUUACGCUCAACAUAUACGACAUCUCGCGAGUUGUAUAAGUUCCAACCCGGUGGACGAACACACGUUGGUUUCGGUGUUCAUGCAGGGUCUUGCGGAUGGUCCCGUCAAGACUCACCUGUUCCGGCUUGAACUAGAUUCACUAGAACAAGCCAUUUCCAUUGCGGAGCAGGAAGACUUCAGUCUGAGACAGGCUCGCGCCAGCUCGACAUCAUAUCGUCAACCGAGACGAUAUGACAGCGGAGGUCCAGAGCCGAUGGAACUCUGUUAUGUAGAGAGCAAGAAGGCUCGCUCUACAGACUACAAGAAGUUGCAGAGAUGCAACAGAUGUCAAAAGACAGGACACUACGCUUACGAGUGUAGUGCCCCUCGUCCAGUGUCUCGCAACACUGGGCGUAUUGACCGUCCACCCAUGAGAAAGGGGCGGGGACGUGGGUCCGCUGCUGGUGCAAAGACGCAACAACGGGAUGGACCGUCAAAAAACGUACAGGAUCAGUAG